AUGGACAACCAGCGACAACAACAAUAUAUUCCCGGGCCUCCCCCUCCACCCGGGCAAGGCACUCUCGGCCAUCUUCCACCGCCGCCUCCUCGACCGUAUCUCCAAUCGAAUCUUCCUCCUCCUCCGCCGGGACCACAUCCCUCCGCCCUCCCACUUGGGACCGUCUUUGGACUGCCAGGCGCAGGAUGGCAGCAGCCAUGGGGAAGAUCAGGCUUAGGCCAGAAUAUACCGCCUCCUCCGCCAUUAAAUCAUACCCAGCCUCAAGGCCAGCAACACCUGUCCUACGGUAUGCGACAGCUGAACAUUCCGCCGCCUCCUCCGCAGAACGACAAACCCAUCUUGUCCGCAACCUUUAUUCCGACAGGGGACUCGUUUGGGCCCGGCGUCGGCAUUCCGCCCCUCGACGAUUAUUCUUCAUACUCCCGAUAUGAUGCUCAAUUCACUUCCGAGCCGUCAUUAUCUCAUGCGGACCAGAAGUAUCCUGACACCACGACUGCUUCUCACAGCUACUCAUAUCCAAAUCCCGUGCAUCCGAAUCCGGAUAUCGCCAAUAGGGAAAGUCGGGCUGCCUCUGCUUCUUCCAAUAGGGCCGCUUUUACUCUCCCUCUUCGUGACAUCAACGAACCAAUCUCUCCAGGACCCCCGACUGCAACCUUGGCCAAUCCGCAAUCAAGCCUUGACCAAGGUCGGCAGCGAGCGCACAGUGCCGCCGUUACUGGGAGCAAUUCGAGCGAACUAUCCUCGCAAUGGCCUCUGGACCGAGUCCUUGUCUGGUUGGCUGCGAAUGGGUUCUCAAAUGAUUGGCAGGAGACCUUUAGAUUGUUGAAACUGCAAGGAUCCGACUUUCUUGAUCUAGGCCGAGGACCAAAUGGCCGUGGAAAUUUGGGCAUGAUGCAUCAGACAAUCUACCCGCAGCUCGCAAAGGUCUGUUCAAGCGGCAAUACUGGUUGGGAUCAGGCUCGCGAACGGGAGGAAGGCAAGAGGUUGCGCAAGCUGAUCUCUCGCCUUGUCGAACAGGGAGGUGAGGGCCCAGCCAGUGCAGGUAUCGGCCAUCGGAGGCGAGAAUCUGGUAUGAUUCCGAGUGCUUCCACUGAGGGCAAUCUGGAAACUUCGCCUCAUCUUCCUCGAUCCGAAUUUAGCAGCGCGCCUGGCACGGCUGGCCCAGAGGGAAGUCCCGGUAAGCAGAUGCCUCCUCAAUUUCCAACAGGGUUGGGUCCUCGGAAUUCCCAGGGUCGAAGCAGCACCAUGCCCGUGCUCAGCAAGCAUAGCAGCGCUUCCUCAACCCCAAGCGACCCCAAGCCACCGGAAAAUUUUCCAGGCGCUGGACGUGCAGAUUACACAAGGGGCGUUCUGACCAGCAUUAACAAUCGUGGUCGACAUAGCCCUAAUCUUUCUGGCGAUGGCUCCACAGGCUUGGUGCCAAAGACGUUCGAUGCCUCUCCCAGUGCCAGUCCUGGGCUUGGAAGUGCAGUCCCUGUAUCGGCUACAAGCACCUCUUCUCAGUCACUGCGGCCAGAUCACAGCAAGAGCAACAGCACCGAUUCUAUGCUCAAAACAUCAGGCAAUUCCCGCUCAAAUGUUAACGUGCAGGGCCCUUACGAAAGGAGCAACACAUCUGGAAGCUCCGACCGCUUCUACGCAGAUAGGCGUGACGCACAAGAGAUGACUAGACCCUCGCCACUAGAAGCAACUAGGACUUGGAGCAAUGCGAGCAAUGACUAUGCCCCUGGUCCUGGAGGGAAAGAUCACAGCAAGGGGUUCCUCAGCAAGUUUAUGAGGAAGAGGCACGAGCACAACCAACCUCAAUCAGACGAACAUCCUUUGGAAUCACCGACGAGCCCUGGUCCGUUGAAGCUAUUUGCGAGGCCGAGCGCGAAUGGUAGUGAUUCAGCGCUACUUCAGCGCCCUGCUUCAGUGACAAGUGAAGAUGAGAGGGCGCUGGUAGCGGGUCGUCGAGGACCCAAUGCUUCAAGGAGAUAUAUUUUCGUGACGCCAGAUUGUUGGAAUUACCGGCUUGUGGAUGUUACAGAAGUGGAAACUGCCAUCGCCCUUCGUAGCCUCGUUUGUAUCGAGCUUGGGAUCCCAGACGCCGAAUAUGCGCAGAUCUUUGUCACCGAGCCAGGUCAAACAGAGCAUGAAAGUGCUCUCUCGGACAGCAUGCUGGUCGCUCUCCGGAACCGGACAGAUAGCCUGGGCAGCUUCAAGUUGUAUGUCCAGAGCCCUACACUAUCCGCGAUUCCCGGCUCCGCUUCCCAGUCAACUGGUCUCGGCGUUUCCUUUGGCCAAAAAGGUCAAGUUGAAAGGGCUCCGCCUAUGGUCAAGUCAAACUCCUCCGGUGGCAUCAUUCGGAAUGGUUAUACAUCUCCUGGAGCUGAACCGCUUGUAACUGACCCUGCUCUCAUGCAAAAGCAAGCUGAAGAGUACCGACGGCAGACGGAGGCUAAGCAACGGGCCUACCUAGAAUCUCGUCGAUCUCAAAAAGAAUCGACCUCAACAUACAGUGGUGGUGGCAUUCGAGGAAGCACGGUCAUAGACUUCGACAGUCCCCGCCACUCGCCCUUCGAAGAGAAGAAGGUCGAGAAUCUUGUCCCCGUCCGACGGCCACCCACUGCCCCUGCAGAAUCUACCACUUUAACCAAGGUCAAUUCGCUUCGGGCCAGAGGAUCUGGCAAUCGAUCUUCCCUGGAUGCGUUGAAGCGAAUAUCUGAUCCAAUUGCUGAAGAAGACGCAGAGCGCGCAAAGAAGAAAUCUGCUGCUUGGGCGGCCAUUCCUUCGGGCGGCAUCGGCGCCGCAUUAGCCAAUGUUGGCAAGAUGGCUGGCGCUCCGGCGACUUUGGGUAACCACGGGCUACAACAAGACAGAAGAGGUGCUGAUUACAGCCGGAGUACUUCAGGUGGGUCCUUUCGUCCCGACUUUACACGGGGCAAAGGUGAUAUGCUGUUCAAGGUUCCUGACUAUGCAGAAGGUUUUGCCGAUAUGAACCAGGAGAGUCGGGCACGGAACGCUGCUUUGGAGAAUGCUCGACGCUUCGGUGCUUCUCCAGCGGUCAGUCCUUCGACUGAAUCGGCACCACGACCAUUCUUGCAAACCCGAAAGUCAUACGGACCCGAUCUGGAAUUCAAGGAGACAAAUGUUUCCUUUGCUCCUUCGCCCCAUCCCAUGAAAGAUGAUUCGGAUGAUGACUCCGACGAUGGUCUCUUCGCUAUUCCCCUGGCAAACAAGUCUCUAUCUAAAGAUGAAAUCCCAUCUCGCAGUAAAGAUCAGAGACCAACAUUGACGGUCGACACGGACCAAAAUACCAGCAAGAAUGUGCGGUUCAAGUCGCCAAGCUCAUCAAGUGGGAUGCAAAACACUGGCGACGAAAGCGCCACGGCCAGUGGAGAAGGCUAUGACCGUAGUCUUUCAGAUGGCAGUUUCAGUGGUUCUGCUCAGUCUCCGGAUGACCGAAUGAGCAGGAGAGAUUCCUUCAUCAGCGACAUCUGGGCAAAUCGGCCGGCUGUCGAAAACGUUGUCCAUCAUCUCGACGAAUUCUUCCCCGGCGUCGAUCUCGAUAAGCCGUACUUGGAAGAGAAAGGCGACAAUAACUCACCUAUGAGGACGACUGAGCAAGAUCCACUUGACGCCCUCCAAGGGCCCUCCACCGGCCUGACCUUUGGUACCAAAGGGCUCGAUCUCGAGUUCAGUCGGAAGAGUGACUCGGAUACUUUGGGCUCUGACGAAUCAACUCUGAAGGCGAAGGAUCGUGAAAAGGUUGCCAGCGUUGCUCAGAGGCAAGUUGGUAAAGCGACUGGGGGCAUCUCUCGGAUGAAAUCCAUCCGUGAAGUUGCUCAAAAGCGAAACGACAUUAAGCGAGGACCUUCUAUUGCUGCUCGCGUAGAGCAGAAUAACGCAAGCAGCAUUGUUCGCCGGAAGUCGACGAAGAUGUUUGGCGCCCAUAUCGUUCAGAUCAGACCCAAACCAGGCAGUCGAUUAUCUACUCUAGAUCCCAUUCCCCAAGAGGAUGUUCCCACGGACGAAACACCCAAACGGCAGGCAACUUUCAAAAUUAUUCGCGGUCAACUCAUCGGCAAGGGUACCUAUGGACGUGUGUACCUCGGUAUGAAUGCGACAACUGGUGAGUUUCUGGCUGUCAAACAGGUGGAGGUCAAUCAGAAAGCUGCCGGUCAAGACAAGGAUCGGAUCAAGGAAAUGGUUGCUGCCCUGGACCAAGAGAUCGAUACCAUGCAGCAUCUUGAGCAUCCAAAUAUUGUGCAGUAUCUUGGUUGUGAACGGAAGGAAUUCUCCAUCAGUAUCUAUCUCGAGUAUAUUCCUGGUGGCUCGAUUGGCAGUUGUCUCCGCAAGCAUGGAAAGUUUGAAGAGUCUGUGGUCCGAUCCCUUACUCGACAAACCCUGGAGGGACUUGCAUAUCUUCACCAAGAAGGCAUCCUGCACCGAGAUUUGAAAGCAGACAACAUCCUCCUCGACCUUGAUGGCACAUGCAAGAUCUCGGAUUUUGGUAUCUCGAAGAAAUCAGACAACAUCUAUGGCAACGAUGUUACCAAUAGUAUGCAGGGCUCGGUUUUCUGGAUGGCACCUGAAGUUGUCCGAUCACAUGGCCAGGGCUAUAGUGCCAAAGUCGACAUCUGGUCGCUUGGCUGUGUGGUUUUGGAAAUGUUUGCAGGAAAGCGACCCUGGAGCCGAGAAGAAGCUAUCGGCGCCAUCUUCAAGCUAGGAAGUCUCAGCCAAGCGCCGCCUAUCCCCGAGGACGUACAGUCGACAGCUACAGUGGACGGGCUGAACUUUAUGUAUGACUGUUUCCAAGUCAACCCGACCGACCGACCGACGGCCGACACCCUGCUCCGACAUUCAACAUUCUGUAUCCCCGACCCAUACUAUAACUUCUACGACACAACGUUGGCCGCGAAGCUGAGAAACGUAGACGGUGCCGGGCUUGGUGGUUGA